AUGAGUAGUAAAAAAAUAAAAUCCGCAUUUGACCUUUUACUGAAUGAAGCCCAAGAUUUUUGCAUUGGAACUGAGAUCUGCGAACUCGAUGCCUUACCAGACACAUUGGAAUUUUGCCGGGAAUAUUAUGCCAAACAAAAGCCGGUGGUAUUUAGAAAUGUGCUCUCAUCCUGGAAGGCUAUGAACAAAUGGAAUCCAGAAUAUUUCAAAGAACAAUUGGGAUCGAAAAUUGUCGAUGUAGCUGUAACACCCAAUGGUUAUGCUGAUGGUUUGGCCAUAAGGCACACAGACAAAAAGGAAUAUUUUGUGUUACCCUUGGAAGAGCAAAUAACAAUGUCUUCGUUUCUGGAGCGCCUCGAUGAUCCCACGGGAGCUGUGUAUUAUAUACAAAAACAGAAUUCAAAUUUUACCUUGGAUUUUCCCGAACUUAAAGAUGACAUUGAUCCAACGAUAUUCGAAUUUGCCGAGAAAUGUUUUAAUAAACCUCCAGAUGCUGUGAAUUUCUGGAUGGGUGAUGAAAAAGCCAUAACAUCAAUGCACAAAGAUCCAUAUGAUAAUAUCUAUUGUGUAAUUUCGGGUCAUAAAGAUUUUAUUCUAUUUCCACCUCAUUGUUUGCCAUGGAUACCAAAGGCCAUGUAUCCAACGGGAGUGUACAAACGCAACGAAUUAAAUCAAUAUUAUAUUGAUCCGGUGCUGGAGGAACAUUAUAACGAUGAGGGUGAGGUGGAGUCAGUUGGCCCAGAACCUUUACUUACCGAAUGGAUUAGUAUUGACCCGUUGGCUCCGGAUUUAGCAAAAUAUCCACAAUAUUCGAAAAUUAAACCAUUAAGGGUACGUCUUAAUGCGGGAGAUGUUUUGUUUUUACCCAACUAUUGGUAUCAUCAUGUUCGCCAGAGUCACAAAUGCAUAGCUGUGAAUUUUUGGUAUGACAUGGAAUAUGAUAGUCGUUAUUGUUAUUAUCGUAUGUUGGAAGAAUUGGCAAGAAGUUAA